AUGACCCAGCUACACGACAUUGAACCGCCUACGAUUCCGCGAAUUCUCCGGAUCGGCACGCUGAACAUCCGCUACGACUACCACGCUCGACACCCUAUCGUCUCCCCUCUCAAGACUCUACUUCAGGGCUCAGAUGGUCGCAAGUGGGGCGAGCAUCUGUGGCAGGAGAGACGGGAUCAGCUUGUCGACCAGGUCCUGUGGGAGGAGCUGGACAUCGUCGGGUUUCAGGAGGUCUUGGAUGGCCAAUUCGAGGAUUUGAGGGCGUUGAUGGGUGCUGAGUUCGGCUCGGUCGGUGUCGGCCGCGACGACGGCAAGAAAGCAGGCGAAGCCGUCCCCGUCUCCCGCCUCGAGCUCCUCUCCGUCUCGCACUUCUGGCUCUCGCCGACUCCCGAAAUCCCCGGUUCGAAAGGCUGGGACGCUGUCCAACCUCGCAUGUGCACCGUGGCUCGCUUCUCCGACCGCGCCUCGACGAGCGCUGCGAACCAUGCGGAUUUGAUCGUUGCAAACACGCAUUGGGACGACCGAGGGUUGAAGGCGAGGGAGGAAAGUGCCAGAUUGAUCUUGUCGCGUAUCGAGCAGGAGAUUCGGGGUGGCAGGAGCGAGACAGAUACGCCGAUCUCGGAGAAGGAACCGCUUGUCGUCCUUCUGGGCGACUUGAACUCGCCGGCGGAAGAGGCGGGCUACCAAGUCUUGACUGGAGGGCGUUACCCUGCGAGCGGAAAGAUCGGUGCUGCGGAGGCUGCGAACGGUGGGAGGAGCUUUUACGACUCGCGGCAUGAACUGGUGACGAGGGGCAGCAAGUUCGCGGCAGCGGGCGCAGUCAGCGGGCGCUUCGGCCCUCUCAAUACCUACACCGGCUUCUCGCCCUCCGACACGCCAAAAGUGAUCGACUUCAUCCUCCCCUUCGCCAACUCUGCCUUUCUCUCGCCUCACGCCUCGUCAGGCGCUUCGCCUUCUCCGUCGACUUGGCACGUCUCGCGGUACGGCGUCGUUGGGAACUUCUUCGAAGACGUAGGAGGGCGGCGCGUGGAGGGGAAGGAGGGCGAGAGGGACGCCAUGAUCCUGAGUGAUCACCGCCUCGUCGUAGCUGUCUUUCGAGAAGCUGGACGGUGA